AUCGUUGAUAACAUUGAUAAGAGGUCAAAUGUAAAAUAAAUUUUGCUUUGCUAGGUUUUUAAUUUUUUUUUGGUAAAAUUAAAAAUGAAGCCCAUUGUAGAUUAUGAAGUGGCAGCUACUGUAGAUCCAACUCCAAUAAAAUUGUUGACACCAGGAACUGAUUUCCAAAAAUACCACACAUCAUGGUUAGAAGACAAAUGGUUUCCUUUCAUGGGGUUCGUAUUGGGUGCGGGUUCAAUCUGGUACACCUAUACACUUAAUAGAAGGCCAUUUUAUUCUGGCAUACAUGUAAAGCUUGGCGCUGGAAUUGUUGGCGCUACUGCCCUCUAUUAUUACAAGCAAUAUAGAACUUCAUAUCUGGCAGACAAAGAUGCCAUGUACAGACAUUACAUUCAAUUACACCCUGAAGAUUUUCAAGCUCCAGAACGCAAGAAAGUUGGCGAAUUAUUCAAGGAAUGGGUUCCUGUGCGCUAAUUUCUAAGAAUUUACAAAACUAAAAUUAGUUAAUCAGAGAUAAAUUUUCAAAUUUUAUAUCGUUAAAGUGUAAUAUGAACCUUUGAAUUGUAAAGAAAUGUAAAAUGUAUGCCUUGUAGAUUGUUUUUUACGUACAGUUUAUACAGCUGUAAUAAAACAACAAAUAUCUAUAGUAA